AUGGCAUUGCAUAAUCACAGCAUCAUCGCUGAGUUCAUCCUCCUUGGGCUGACUGGGGACCCCUAUGUCCAGGCCCUGCUCUUUGCGCUGUUCCUGGGGAUUUACCUCCUAACCCUGAUGGGGAACUUGAUGAUGCUACUGGUGAUCAAGGCUGAUUCCCAUCUCCACACUCCCAUGUACUUCUUCCUGGGACAUCUCUCUUUUGUUGAUCUCUGCUUCUCUUCUGUCACUGUACCCAAGAUGCUAGAGAACCUCCUGUCUCAGAGGAAAACAAUCUCAGUAAGGUGUUGUCUGGCUCAGGUCUUCUUUGUGUUUGUCACUGCAGGCACAGAAGCCUGUCUGCUUUCAGUGAUGGCCUAUGACCGGUAUGCUGCCAUCUGCCACCCUCUGCUCUAUGGACAGAUCAUGAAUAAACAGCUGUAUAUGCAACUUGUGUGGGGCUCCUGGGGGUUAGGCUUCCUUGAUGCAUUCAUCAAUAUCAUCCUAGCUAUGAACCUGGUAUUCUGUGAGGCCCAAAUCAUCCACCACUACAGCUGUGAGAUGCCAUCUAUUCUCCCUCUGUCCUGCUCUGAUGUCUCCAGGAACAUCAUUGCCUUGCUCUGUUCCACUCUCCUACAUGGACUGGGAACCUUCCUCUUGGUCUUUUUAUCCUAUGCACAUAUCAUUUCCACCAUCCUGAGCAUCAGCUCCACCUCAGGCAGAAGCAAAGCCUUCUCCACCUGUUCCUCCCACCUCACUGCCGUGACACUUUACUAUGGUUCAGGUUUGCUCCGAAAUCUUAUGCCAAAUUCAGGUUCCCUCGUGGAGUUGAUCUUCUCUGUGCAAUACACCGUGGUCACUCCCAUGUUGAAUCCCCUCAUCUACAGCCUGAAGAACAAGGAGGUGAAGGCAGCUCUAAGAAGAACUUUGGGGAAGUAUUUGCAUCAUAUCCAGUGCUGA